AUGGAAUUACACUUUGUACCCCUGUCAAAUGUUAGUGGAGCGUGCGUGGCUAACCGACACACUAAUUUGGGAUUGACAUUGGUGACAAAGGGUGGCUCGAUGUUUAUCAUAGAUCAAUGGAGCAUGUCUAACGCAAACGCAAACAACAACACUUCUGGGUCAUUCUCGUUGAUGAACAUGUGUCAAAAGGUGACAUUUGAUGGCUCGAACUUCAACGAGUGGAUGAGAUACAUUCGCAUGAUAACUCGUUACGAGGACAAAGAAUAUGUCCUCGACGAGAAGCUAUAGAAGAUCAACCCAGAAGAAGCUACUCCUGAAGAUAUGGCCGCCUUUGAGGCCCACGAGCGUGAUGCAACGAAAGUUCAUUGCAUCAUGUUGGCCACCAUGAACCUCGAACUCCAAAAGUCCUAUGAGGACAUGUAUCCAUAUGAGAUGCAUCAAGAUUUGCUGGACAGGUACCACCAGAGCGCGAGGCAAGAGCGCUAUGAGAUCAUCACCAACAUGAUCACCGCUAGGAUGGGGAGUGGAGAAUCCCUAACUGCUCAUUUGCAAAGAAUGCAAAGGUAUGUUGAUCGUCUUCUCAAACUUAAUGUUAAGUUUGAUGAGGAUUUGGCUAUCGACAUCAUCCUCCACUCCUUGCCUUCCUGCUACAACCAGUUCAGAAUGACCUACCACAUGAAUAAGGAAGAGGUCACCCUAAGUAAGCUUCAAGGGCUCCUGAGGACAGCUGAGAGCAACCUCAAGGACAAAUCUAUUGCAUCAUCAUCUACUGUAGCUGCUCCUGUGUUGGCAAUUGGCCAAGGAAAGGGAAAGAAGAGGAAGGCUCCUUCUAAGAGCCACCAUAAGGGUAAGACCCAAGAUGGUUCCUCUUCUAGUGGGACCAAAGCAGGUUCUGUUAAGCCCUCUUCUGACCCCAAGGAAGCAGAGUGCUUCUAUUGCCACCAGAAGGGCCACUGGAAACGAAGUUGCCCAAAAUAUCUGCAGGACAUUAAGGAUGGGAAGAUAAAGCCCACCUUCGCAGGGGCUAAGAAAAAGUAGGGAAGUGGAGCAUGGAAGGAUAAAUUUGAUCAUGGGAAACAAGAAGUCUUCACCAGUAACCAAGAUCGGAGUUUAUUCCUUAGUGUUGAGUAAUGGGUUAGGGCUAGAUUUAAAUAAUUGUUGCUAUUCGCCAGAUAUGGCAAGAAACAUCAUUUCUUUUCGUGGAUUGUUUAGACAAGGUUUCAGAUAUUCGUUUGAUAAUAGUAAUGG